UUACAGAGUAAUUUUGUUUCAUUUAUACAGGAUUUAAAAAUUACUCGCCCAAGUUUGGAACUUUUAUCCAUCAUUAAUAAGUUUUCUUCUGUACAUUUGCUGCGCAAUGGCAGUAACGUCAAAUCAAUUUGGGAUGUAAUGGUGCUUCGCGAUGUUUACAACGAGUUAAAGUAAAAUUUUAUUGCUGGAAAUAGUUUGCAAUCUAUGGUGCUCUUACAUAUGUUAUAACAAGGAAAAUGUCAGAAACUUACGAUUUUCUCUUUAAAUUUCUUGUCAUUGGGAGUGCUGGUACUGGAAAAUCAUGUCUGCUGCAUCAGUUUAUUGAAAGCAAAUUCAAAGCGGAUUCAAACCAUACUAUUGGAGUAGAAUUUGGGUCAAAAGUUGUGAAUAUUGGAGGAAAAUCAGUUAAGCUUCAAAUCUGGGACACUGCUGGACAAGAAAGAUUCAGAUCUGUUACCAGGAGUUACUACAGAGGGGCUGCAGGUGCCUUACUUGUAUAUGAUAUCACUAGCCGCGAGUCUUACAAUUCGCUGUCCAACUGGCUUGUUGAUGCUAGAACACUUGCAAGUCCGAAUAUUGCUGUUCUCCUUGUGGGUAACAAAAAGGAUUUGGAAGAAGAUAGAGAAGUGACAUUUUUAGAAGCAAGCAGAUUUGCCCAAGAAAAUGAGCUGAUGUUUCUGGAAACUAGCGCUCUAACUGGUGAGAAUGUAGAAGAGGCAUUUUUGAAGUGUUCUAAGACCAUUUUGGCUAAGAUUGAAGCUGUGUGA